UUGAUUUUGCUUAAGUUGCUUUGAAAGGAAAAAAGUCUUGAGUUAGUCAUCUGAGGCUUUUUAGUUAAUGUGCUGUAUUUCUUCAGUGUUUGUUGCUUUUGUAUUUUUGUGCACUUUAGAUUCAUUAUGUUAUUAGCUGCCCGGCAUUCAACGGACCCAUUUGAUAAACCUUUGGUUUUGAACUUUAUUCACAGAAAGCAAGAUUCUUUUCUGUUGUAUUUCUGUAGUUACUCCUUGAUUUUUUUCUUAUUUCUUAUUUAUAUCUGUUGAUUUAGUACCCAAUGUUGACAUACAUGGUCCUGGUUUUCUCUUCUGUUUGCGUUUUUGUGAUUUUUCCUAGAUAAAGAUCUUCGUUUAUUUUUGUUCUCCACAUUGCAUAAUUUUGUUCUUUACCAUCAGUUUGGUCCUGAAAAAGAAAAUCAAAUCUUGGACAGUCUUAGAUCUUCAUUGAAGAAAUUCUCAACUUUGCAUGAAUUCAACAUUAAGUUGUUAAAGAUGUAAAAAAAUGGGUAGGAAUCUCAGUCCAGUUCUUCGGCAAGAAUUGGCAAAUCUCGACAAAGAUGCUGAUAGUCGUAGAUCAGCCAUGAGAGCACUGAAAUCAUAUGUCAAGAGCUUGGAUUCUAAGGCAAUUCCGCUCUUUCUCGCCCAAGUUUCCGAAACCAAAGAAACGGGUUCUUUAUCUGGGGAAUACACUAUCUCACUCUAUGAAGUUCUUGCUCGUGUCCAUGGAGUCAAUAUCGUUUCUCAGAUUGAUAGCAUCAUGGCUACCAUUAUCAAGACCUUAGCUUCAAGUGCAGGAUCUUUUCCUCUUCAACAAGCAUGCUCCAAAGUGGUGCCAGCAAUUGCAAGAUAUGGCAUAGACCCAACAAUGGAUGAGGACAAGAAGAGGCAUGUGAUUCACUCUCUUUGUAAGCCACUUUCACAAGCUCUCUUGGGUUCGCAGGAAAGCCUUACUUCUGGGGCUGCUCUUUGCUUAAAGGCUCUUGUAGACUCAGAUAAUUGGCGGUUUUGUUCAGAUGAGAUGGUGAAUAUGGUUUGCCAAAAUGUAGCUGUAGCUUUAGAGGAGAAGUGCACUCAGACUAUCUCACAUAUGGGCUUAGUCAUGGCUUUGGCUGAGCAUAAUCCUUUAAUAGUUGAAGCAUAUGCAAGAUUGUUGAUACAAUCUGGAUUGCGUAUUUUGGAUGCUGGUGUCAUAGAGAGUAAUUCUCAAAAAAGGUUGUCUGCUAUUCAAAUGGUCAAUUUCUUGAUGAAGUGUUUAGAUCCUAGAAGCAUUUUUUCAGAGGUUGACUUGAUAAUUAAGGAGAUGGAGAAGUGCCAGACCGAUCAGAUGGCUUUUGUGAGAGGGGCUGCUUUUGAAGCUUUGCAAACCGCCAAAAAAUUAUCCACAGAGAAAGGAUCAAAAUUUGAGAAGAGCUCUAGUUCAGUCACUGGCUCAAAUUUUGGUAGAAGAGACCACAAAGGAAGGAGGACUGUAUCUAGAUCUGGAAAUCAUUCUCCAGCAUCUAUAUCACCUGAAUCACAGACACUUGAUUCUUUUAUUGAAUAUGACACUUUGGUUGAAUCACCUAUUUCAACUACUGAGAUUUCUCAAGACAUGGAUUUUGACCGUCAGAGUGUGAACCGAAAACUUUGGAGAUUUGAGAAUGGAGGGGUGGAUGUAUCUCUAAAAGAUGGUUUGUUUUCAGAUUUGGCUCAUGGAAGUUCAAUCCAUGAUGCAUUUUCUGAUCACUCUGGCCAUCAUGAAGUUACCGAAAAUGGAGAUCAAGCUGGAGAUUUUGCAGGUUUCUUGCCAAGAACUCCUAGAAAUGGACCAAGGAGUACCACUCCCAGCCCUCAGGUGAUUGUUCUGAGAUCAGGUUCUCAUAUAAAUAACAUGAACAUCUUCACAACUCCAAGAAAGCUCAUUCGCUCUCUUCAGGACCCCACAGAUGUGGAUUCAGACUUCUCUGAGAAACUAAGCAGAAAGGUUAGAAGUCCAUGGUCAAGCAAUUUUGGUUAUAGUCCAAAUAUGAAGUUCAACAUAAAUGGCUUUCAACAUAGCGUGGGAUGUGAGGUUGAAGAUAAUAGAAACUUGUAUGCUGAUGAUGAGCAAUUCCAAGACACUUCCGAGUCAGUAUCUUCGACAGAUGGUAUUCCAGUUGAGACUGAUGGGCAAGCGUCUCCUGAAGUGGUUACAGAAAGUAAAGAUGAUACUCCAAGGUGUCAUAACAGAAAGAGCCAUUGGAGGAAUUCUUACAGGUUGGUUGUUGGUCUGUUUUUUGCUCUUCUUGCAGUUCUUACCUCAUUAAUGUGGACUGAUGGUCAGAAAGAAGGCCAAUAUCUUGUUCCAACUUAAUCAGUUCCUUGUUGAAUCAAAAUCUUUGAUAGACAUUCCAACAAUUUGUUGGAUGUUUAAUGUGCUUCUACGUAGAAAAUUUUUUAGCUUGUCUGAACGAAAUCUCACUUCGUUUAGGUGUUCAAAUGUAUGUUGAGAUUUUUUUUAAAGUUUAAAUUAUUGUUAUGGAGGUGGUUGAAAGAUGGAAGAAAUAGUGCUCUCUUUUCAUUACAUGCAUUAUGAGUUGCAAAAUUUUCAUUUUCACA